AUGUCUGCAGGUGAUAUUAACGUGAUAAAAAAGAACAAUAAUAAAAAAUCAAGAAGAAGAAAGAAGAGAAGAACUGCUGAUGUUUCCUCUGAUUCUGAUUCUUCUUCAUCUUCCUCAUCUUCUGAUAAUGAAGAAAUUAUAACGAAUGAUGAUAAUGUUGAAAAUAAAGAUGUGAUCGUAUCCGAUGUUGAAUUAUCUGACAAUGAAUCGUCUGUCCCAAUGAAGUCUGAAAAGGCUGCAGAAUUUUUAGAUGAUGAAACGAAGGAUAGAUUAAAUAAUAUUCCAUUUACUACUACAGAUUUAACUCAGAGAUCGAAUGGUCAACGAAAUCAAGAAGGUACUCAAGUUGAUUUACAGAAAGUGGAAGAAGCUAUUAAUGAUGCAAAAUUGAAAUUUUCCGAUGCGAUUAAUGAAAGAAAAUCUACAAUUAAUGGUAAUAAUACUAAUGCAGAAAAGAUUGAAAAUGAUUUGAAGAAUCAAUAUCUUGGUUUAUUAUUUGAAAAUUAUGGUGAUGAUAUUAAUGAAUUGAGGACUGCUCCUGAUUUUACUACCAAAUCAUUGACUCUUCUGGCAAAUGUUUUAAAGGAAGGUUCAGGAAUGUUUGAUGUGAAUACAUUACAGACUAUUCUUGAGUCUAAAUAG